UCGACGGCGCCCUCGACAAAGUCAGUCCAGGCCCGUUCUUCAUCCCAACCGCAUUCUCAUCCGCUCCCGUCAAACAGGAAUCAUCAUUUAAACAAUUCGUGUGGUUUCAAAAAUCGGCGCCAAUUCUGCUGAAGCCUCCUAGAACUGACAUACAAAAAUAAGUGCUAUGGCUGAAAGGUAGAAGGGAAUGCCAGGAGUCGAGCACAAAGAAGGAGCUCGUCUCCACCCCCCGGAGGAGGAAGCCGAAGAUGUGAAGCGUACCGUCUGCAAAGUGCACGUAAAUACACUCUCUUCGAUAUGGUACGGCCUCACGUUCACCGCUCUCCAAGCUUACCUCGCCAUAAAUCUUUCAAAGAAGCUCUUGGAAUGCCUUGAACUGCCUUGGGAAAACGAUGAAUUGUCUUUAUUGGAAAUUAAGGCAUGUCUGGCGCUUACGGCCCUUGCUAUCGUCCUUUUGCCGUUCUUCCUCGCAUGCAGCUUCAUUAAGAUUGGCAAUUUAGCCAAUGAUGGUUUUAAGAUUGGACAAACGCUGAGCACAUGUGGACUCAAUCCAGAAGAUUCGCUUGCCAAAGGUCCCGGAGGAGUCAUGACCCUUUGGAGGCACGGAGGGCCUACAGCGCCAUUUCUACAUAUCGUUAUUGCAUUUUCAUUAUUACUGCCAAACCUUUUGAUAAAAGCAAGGCUAAUAGAAGGCAAUUUUUUACAACGAGAUUAUGUGUGGAAAACUGAUUUAGACUUCUUGCUCGCUUCAUAUGAUAGAUUGAUGGUAUUAAGUUUUGUUACUGCACCCAGUAACAAAGAAAAUGAACUCAACAUAUCAAAACCAACACCUUUCACUUCUUUUACUACAUUGUCUGCUAUGCCUGAAGCAAUGAAGUUCACAUCCCAGCAAGAACCAACAUAUCCUGAAGAAGAAAAAUGGGGUUCGGUAACGGUCGAGUUCUUCAAUUACGCCCUGGCACUGUUUGUUUAUGCAGUCCGUUAUCCUGCAGUGUUUUGGAAUACGAAUAAAGUAUGGGGGACGCUAUUCUCUUUUCAACUGUUUAUAAACGGGAUUCAAAAUCUAGUGCUUUACAUCGGCAUAUCUGUAUUGUACAAGGUUCAUCUCAUUGGUCCGAGUGAACUGCUUACAGCUUUGCCAACAAGAUUCGGUAGCACUUUCUUUCUUCUGAAUCCCUACUCGACACUUGUAUUAUACAUGUUAACUCUUGCAUUGAUACUAUUAUCUAGUCUUGUCUUAUAUUUGUACGGAUAUGGAAGAUUUAACGCAUUUCUAAGCCAUGAGAAGGCUUGUAAAAUCAUUAGUGUGGAAGGAAAGGAAAGGGGUUACCUUACACAUUGUGCAGCAUUGUGUGUCUUGCUUGGAAUAGCGGUGGUCGAAGGGCCGUUGUUAGUCGAUCUCGCUGUGAUUUACAAAGCGACGCUAGACAGUUCCGUACUCGUUUGUGUCGUCGGGGCGGUUUUCCACCUUUUCAUUUGGGUUGUGUUAUGGUUGAUAUUGACCCUUAAACAAAACUGGCAGUUCAAAGUCAGAGUCACCGUUGGAAAAGCUACAGUCAGAUCUGCUCGUUCGAUCAAAUUGCUCACAGAUGUCGAAUUGCUUUCGUCUUCGUCGUCUAGUUGUGAAUUUUCCGUUCCGCUUCUUGUCGUCGCAAGCGGAAGAACGUAUACGGUUUGUGAUAGUUCACCAAAGAAAACAAUUAUCAAUGCUAUUCACAAGGCUGCGUUAGAGAGAAAAAAUAAACUCGAAGCUGAGGCUAAUUUGAACAAAGACGCUUAUGAUGAAAAUGAAGAACAGAUCUACUGGCUUCGCCCAAAACCAAUAUCACCUAAAAAUUCGCCUGAUUCAGAAAUAUCAGAUCAUGGUGUUAGCUGGCAGAGAAAUGCAGUUCCAAAGCCAAAAGUUACAUUUGACACAACUGUAAAGUGUGCAAGAGAGUUUUCCCAUGGUGAAGGUGAUGACGGUGAUUAUGCUCGAUUACGAGAACUUCCCAUGAUGGGGCAGAAUAGCAAAAUGCGCUCCGAAUACCAUCACUCAGUCUCAAAUCAAAAUGAGGUACAGUACGUGUCUACAAACAAAUGUAUGUCUUUACCUGCUGCUGGUGAUUAUGAGGAUCCGAAUCCUUUGCUAACUCCAGAACCACCUGAUUUACCUCUACCACCACCACAGAACGUGUCGGACACUCCGACUACACCUAGAUGCCUACUAAGGGCAGAUUCCGGUAUGCCACAUGAUCUUACACCUAGAACAGAAUCUGAGACAUCAGGUUCACCCCCCGAUCAUUCAGAGACAUCGAGUGGAGUUCAUUCAAAUUCUAGUAGGGAAAGUCAUCAUAAUGGAGCACCGCAACCUCCUAAUAACAUAAACAAUAUUGACAAAACAGCGAAGGUUUAUGCUGGAACGGCUCAGUGGCAGCAAACGCUGCAAAGAGCGAAUCCUGUGCCGGAUACGAACCAGGUGUUGAUAAGGCACCGUAUGGAGCCUGAGAUAAUCACAGUGACCAACAACUUUCAGGAUCAAUUCGGUAGAAGUACAAAUAUGAAAAUGACAUCGUUCACCGAUUCCCAAUCUGCGACUCUUCCUCAUUUUCCGACGCAGCAAGUCGGUGUACCGUAUCCUCAUUGUUCGACGAUGCCUCUCCCGCCGCCUACAGUUCAACCAAUGCCUCAUUUAACCUGCAAUUACCCCAGGCAUUCAACGAUUCCUACACAUCACAAUGGAGUGCGUUUAUUCACGCCAAAUCCGUACGUCAAAAGGCCGAUUGUGCAGCGUUACCCCCAUCACAGUUUCCCGCACUUGAAUCCGAUGAAGCACAACAUCAACAACAUUUCUGAAAGGGAUUCUGCAAAUUUUUCUAUGGCGUCUAGUGGCGACUCAGAUACGUAUCAUUCAUAAUUCUCGUUGUGAAAUAUUUUUGUUGAAAAUCUUAUCAGGUGUUCGAAUAUUUUUAUAAAUGUUUUAGUACACAUUCUAUUAACUUCCUAAAAGUUAUUACAUUUAAAGAAAUUAUUUAUUAUUUUAUCAAAUUUUUAAUCGUUACUUCUUUUAAUUGAAUUUAGCCACUGCCAAGUUUGAUAGAGUCAAGAAAGGAUUCAAUAAUGUUAACUAUUUGGAUAGUUUUAUAAUUCUUUGUCUUCCAAUAUGCUUUCAUUACAUUCAUUUAUAUCUUACACAGUGAUUAAAUAAUAAACAUAUCACAUUUUGUGACUCGAUAAUAUAAUCAAGCGUAUUAAUAAUCAAAAUGGAUAAAGACAUUUAAGACUAUUGAUUAGGAUAGCUUUAAAAAUUGUGUAUAGUAGCAUACUUUAUAAGUUUGAUGCGUAUAGUGUUAACACAUGCACAUUUCUGUCUGUAUAGGUGUUCGCAUAUUUGGUUUAGCACUGUACAACACAUCAUUUUGCACUUAAUGAUCAAAAUUUCCAUUUCUCCUCGCUGUGUGGUACAAAUUAAAUUACCUGAUUAAAAUAAUAAGAAAGUAUUUGUAUAAAACCAGAAGAAAAAAAAAACAUUUUGAAGGUGUAUGUAGUUUUUGUAAGCUUAUUUCUGAUAGCAGGUUUUAUUUUAGCUUUUAGAAUCCAAAACUAAAAUAUCUUUUAUUUCUCUUUGACAAGGUAAUAUACAAUAAUGAAUAACAAUAAAAUUAAACUCAAAGUAAAUAGCAUUAACAAUGUAUUUCAUACUUUUAAAAUAUCCCUGUCUGACAAAACUUUUUUUAAAUAUUAUCGUGUACUAAGACGCUUAGGCUAAUAGAUCGUUGUCAUUGUAACGAGACUUGUAGAAAUAAUACGCGCCAAUCUUUUUAGCCAUUUACCAAGAUCUGGAAUUGUGAUUUAUUUAGACUUGAAUUGAAAAAAGACUGUAAAUAUACGAUUGUUACAUAAGAAUACGCUCGGAGUUUGGUAUCUUUGAUUUUGACAAAAUUUAAAGAUUCGUUUGGAUAAAAAAAAUGCAAUUUUACAUUUGGAAAUGAUUACUGCAUUGUAUGUUAUAGUUAAUAGCAAUUAUGACGGACCUAGGUGUGACAAUACUUCACUUUUAAAAGUUUUUCACAAAUACUUUUUCUUUUUAAAUAUAAAACUGCAUUAGAAGCUUUUAUCAGAAUGAACUCAAGUAACAAGUAGCUUUGGCUUUUGUUUUUACAUUAAAUGUAUUUAUCUAGAUUUUUUUACAACUAAAAUAAUCAAGAAUUCAAAUUGAACAAGGUAAGCCCCUAGGCCGUCCAUAAAAAAAAAGCUGAACAAAGUCAAAUAUUUUAAACGUUUUUACCAUCGUUUAAGCAAUUUUUUUUAUUUUAUGUAUUUUUAUAUGUAUAAAUACAGUAGCUUUUUAUACAAUUUU